AUGGUUUCCCAAGGUCGUUUGGUAUUAGGAUUAGCCCUAAUUUCCAUACUCAGCUUAUUUUUCUACUCUCCUUUAGGAACGAAUGCAGCAACUCAUGAAUUAGUCGAAGGUGUUUGCAAGGAAGCUGUAGAACGUGCCACCAAAGGAAAUAUUGUAACCUAUGAAAACUGCUUGGAAGCUUUGGAAUCUGAUUCCCGAACUCGAACAACAUCGAAUCUCAAAGCUCUUGCUAAAAUUGCUCUGGAAUUAGCUCUAGCCAAUGCAACAGAAAGCGAAGCGUACGUUGAUGAUUUGCUCAAGAAAAACCGCACUAGUGCACCCCUCGAAGCGUGCUCCUCUUGGUACGACUCAGCGGUUGGAUCAUUCCGAAGUGCACUCGGAGAGUUAGACGAUGACGUUGAGGUUGCGAGCUAUGACGUGAGAAUCGCCGCCGACGAUGCCAAUUACUGUGAGGAUGCUUUGGCUUCCGGUGGGGUUAAAGUUCCAUCGAUUUCGACAAGAAACGAUUACAUAAAGUUAUACAGUUUCAUUGGGUAUGUAAUCAUAGAUAAGCUCUGA